AAUACCCACUAGCUAGUGCAAACAAAAGUGUUUCGAAGAGCAGACGGCUGCUGUCUGUUUGCGAGAGUAAUUGUUUUUAAUGAAAUGAGAAGCAAGAAUGAUUCUAAACGGAAGACGGAUGUUAACGCGAAAAAGCGGAAUCUCAAAUCUCAAAAGGAGAGCGUUGGAAAUGGCGGUAGACUUCAGAAUUUGUUGGAUUGGGAUGUCGAAUGGUCCAAUCGAUUCGCUAGUUUCAUGCAAAGUAAAUUGCCCGGUGUGACUGCCAUGUUUGAAAACAAAUUUAUGGAGAUUUCCGGCAAUGAAUACAUUUGGUUCCCAGCCCUCGCUGUACUUUACUUUAUGCAUCCCCUGGUGCAUAAGCAACUUCCAAUGAACGCAAUUCUCGCUUUAGCAUUCGACAGCGCUGUCAUUUUAAUAAUUAAGGCUUUUGUCAGAAGGAAACGACCGCCAACAAGGAACCCCGACUACUUUACGGCAAUAGGGCCAGACCAAUACAGUUUCCCUUCAGGACAUGCCAGCAGGACAGUUUUGAUAUCGUUCAUCUUCACCCAGAUUAAUCCGUUAUAUGGAAAUGGUUACCUCAAUUUUGUGGCCUCGCUUCUUAUUUGGAGUUGGUCCAUCUCUGUCUGUUUCUCCAGAAUGCUUAAUGGUCGUCAUCACCUCUUGGAUGUUGUAACUGGUGCUGUGAUUGGAUUUGUUGAAGGUUCUCUUGUCAUUUCCGCCCUCUGGAUGUCCUCUGAAAAAGCGGAAAAUAUUUUAAAAUUUAUUUAUUAUGAUCAAGAUAAUUGAAAUAUGGUUUACAUUUUUUCAGAGGUUAAUAAAUAAUUUUGUUUACAAAUUUAAAAUGUAAAA